AUGAGAGAAUCUGACCAGUCUCCCGACGUCUCCGAGCCCACCCAGCAAUCCGCCGAAUACUGGGCCGACGCGCCUCUAUACGGGAGCAGCCUCGUCGCCGCUUUCGAGGCCCGGGCAGCGGAGCUCGGAAACGAGCGCCUCUACACGUGGCUGAGAGCCAACCUGUCCGAGGAGGCGACUCUGAGCUACGCUGAGCUGCGCAGCCGCGCCCUCUCCGUCUGCGUGGCUCUGCGCCGCACCUGGGGCGUGCCACAGCAGGGACGAGCCAUGCUCAUCUACCCGCCCGGCCUGGAGCUGCUCGUCGCCUUCUUCGGCUGCAACUAUGCCGCCGUCAUCGCC